AAACAUUAUUGUUUCCACUUCAGUUGGCUGUCACGAAUGUAGUUAACAUUACUUACUUUGAAGACGUCAGGAAUACGUACAUAAAUAUUGAUCCUCUGUCCAUUCAAACAGAUAAAAUUUUACCUAUCAGCGACUCUAAUGAAUAGGCACAACAGAUCUCUGUACAUGGCAUAACGACGGCUUUUUACAGAUAAAAACCAUGGAAACAGUUUCAAAUACGUCUGAAGAAAUUAAGUCAACGGAUAGGAGUAGCUGCUGCUGUCCACAAAGACUAAAUCCAUGCCACCUGUGGUCCUCGUUCUGCAGCUGGUAUUGGCGCUCUUUGGGACGUUUCUUUGGUUGGUUUAGUGAAGGGAUCACCAAGCAUCCAUUGAUGACGAUCCAGAUAUGCCUCGUGUUCGUCAGUGUUUGUUCCGUGGGGUUUGUUUGGUUCCAGUCCGAAACAAGAACAGAAAAACUUUUCAUACCUCAAGACAGCAAGUCCAUAACUGACUUGGAAAUUGCUGAGAAAUACUUUCGAGUCAAGAUUCGAGAGGAAAUCAUCCUUUUGGUGGCAUUGUCGGGUAAUCAGAAUAUUCUAUCUCCUGAGUGUCUAAGACAGGCCUUACAAGCUCACAAUGCAGUCAUCGAAUUGGAAUCGUAUACCGAUUUCUGCGUCACACUGUCUGUGAACAAAUCCACGUCACCAGAAGACUGCGUGAUGGUCAACCCGAUGGAAUUUAUAAAGUUCAAUGAAAGCAAACUGAUCGGUAAAGAUUUAACACAGGUUCAAUAUGAACUUGGCAAAGCGUACAACGACACCAGUUCACUCAUGCGCAAUGGACGCCCUUUCUGGUUCAAUUUUAACCGCAUGUUUGGCAAUGCUACCCGGAAAAAUGGAAUCGUAACCGACGCCAAGGCGUUGCAAAUGAUUUAUCUCAUUCAGGACCCUAGCGACGACGAAACGAACGAAAAAGUCCUCAAUUGGGAGAAGACUUUCGUGGAUAAGGUAGCUUCAUUAGUUGACAAACUUCCCUGCUUCGAGGUCCAUUACUCGAGCGAAAGGAGCUUGGACGAUGCUAUCGCUGAGAGCAGUGGGUCUGAUGUCUCAUUGGUGGCAAUUACUUUCACCCUCAUGGUCUCCUUUGCUUGCCUCAUGCUAGCAAAGUUUUUAAAUCCGCUGACCGGCCAUUCCCUGCUCGCUAACGCAGGAGUGUUCGCAGUGGCCCUGGGUAUUUUGGCUGGGCUUGGCCUAGGCAUGUGGUUCCGAGUGCCAUUUAUCAGUCUCGUAGGAGUGCUGCCAUUCCUGGUUAUUGGAGUCGGUAUCGACGACAUAUUCAUCAUAAUGGAUGAGCUUGAUCGACAGCCACGUGAUCUCUCAACGGCUGAAAAGAUCAAGAGGGUUAUGAAGCAUUCAGCACCGACUGUUACCAUGACAACAAUGACCGAUUUGGUAGCGUUUGCUGUCAGCACUUCCACGUCAUUUCCGGCCAUAAGGUAUUUCUGUGUCUACGCCGCUUUGACGGUGACGUUUUCUUUCCUCAUGGUUAUCACUUACUUCGUGGCCAUCAUGUCAUACGACCUAAGACGCAUCAAGUCGGGGCGCAGGGACUGUUUACCAUUCUGCCAUGCCCCUCCACCAAAGGAGGGUGCCCCAGCCUGGGACGAGCCUGUGCCACAAACGUCGAAUCGUGCUAUGGAGUACUGGGGCAAAUUUUUGACACAUCCGGUUACUAAAAUUGUAAUCAUAUUUCUCUCGCUGUUGCUUCUUGGUGCUGGGAUUUAUGGAGUCAGUCAAGUGGAUGAGGAGUUUGAUAGGAGAAUCCUAGCAAAGGACGGUUCUUACUUGAAGCGAUUUUUGACCGCCCAACAAAAUAACUUUGAGCUUUCUCUUCCAGUAAGCAUCGUGGAGACUGGUGGGGUCGAUUAUGGAAUAAGCUCCACUCAGGAACAAAUUAGAGCACUUACGCCAAUCGUCACGGAGAAUAGGUACUACAAGAACUUGUCUUUUUCGUGGAUGGAUGCAUUUGCACAGUAUGCCAAAAAGUCUAACAAGAACAUAACUGGUCAAUGGUUUUUGCCUGAAUUGAAAGCAUUCCUCCAUAUCCCUGACUUUUCUUAUUUCAAUCAAGACUUAUAUUUCUCCGCGGACAACUCAAGGUUGGAAGCUUCGCGCAUACUCAGUUUUAUGAAGGAUUCUGCCAGCUCCACCUUUCGAAAAGAUGCAAUGCUCACGCUACGUGAAGACCUAACAGAAAUGUCGAAACUAGAUGCAUUUCCAAUCACUCGGAAUUUCAUAUUCAUUGAACAGUACGCUAUCACGACAAGGGAGACUAUAAGGAACCUAUUGAUCGCGGGCCUUACUGUCCUAAUCAUUACGAGCCCCUUUUUGGUGGACUUUACCGUGACGCUCCUCGUAGUGCUUAACUUUGCGUCCUUGAUAUGUGAGUUAUUUGGUGUGAUGGUCAUUUGGAAUGUAUCCCUAAACACAGUCUCUAUGGUUAAUCUUGUCAUGGCCAUCGGUUUUGCAGUUGAUUAUAGUGCACACGUCGCGCAUGCUUACGUGACAUCCAAAAAAGCAACAGCCAAUGAGCGAGUGGUUGAAGCUCUAAGUACACUGGGUGCGAGUGUUCUCAUGGGAGGUUUUAGUACUUUUCUUGGCAUGGUAAUACUCGCGUUUGCAUCUUCGGAAGUCUUCCGGAUUUUUUUCCGAAUGUUCUUCGGAAUCGUCGUGCUUGGUCUCCUUCACGGACUGUGCAUCUUGCCUGUCUACAUGUCUUUAAUGUGCUGGAAGCCCAAUGCUGUUGAACCUUCCUCGAUUGGGGACGGAGCCGAAGAAAUAACUGGAGAAGUGGUGCAACACAAAGAUUCCCAUGUAUUUGGCAUUGAUUUACAACUAACAUCCGUUGAGAAUGGAGAGGAGAUUCCUACGCACCAGAAGACUGCAUUGGGACUCCCUGAGGAUGGCACUCGAGCUCAGCAAAUUGGUAAAAAUGGAGAGGGCAGUACCCAGCGAGAUGGUGAACCUGUCAUCGAUGGAGGAAUUGAAAAUAAGGGAACUACUUCUGAUGAAGAAGACCUAGGGUUGAAGUCAAGAGAUGAAAAGCAGUCUUAAACGCCAGCUGGUGUAACAGCCAAAAUGAAAAAAAAAGCCGAUCAUACGCAGAACAGUGUAGAAAUCAACAGAGAAAAAUAUAAAUACAUUGCACUCGACUGAAAUGGGGGCGUGCUUUGCAAGACAUGUAAAGAAUGCACGUACCUUUCGAAUUCACUCUCAAUUUGUGAAAAGGUAGUUAUGUAGUUUUACGGAAUAAAGGUUCCCUGCAAACUUA